CCUUGGGGGUCGAUGCCAAUCAACCACUUCCGUCCGCAACCUUUCUCCGCAGCAUGGUUUAUGUUUCGUGUAGCGCAGCCGACGCCCCAUCCACAUGACGUUCUCGGGCGUAUAUCAUUGCUUAUAUUACAUUUCUCAACUUCUCAACCUUCCAAACACUUUGUUGGAGACGCAGACGCUCGCAAAAGAGAUGACGGAGGGAGGAGACCCAAUCCUACGCAAAUGAGAAGAAAGGAAGCAAAAUGAACGCCCAUCCAGCCCUGAAUCCCAACACGCACCUGGUGCCAGCCUUGCGCUCAGCCUGGCCUGCAAUCAAGGACCACUUCGCCAAGCAUGGGGCGCUCAAGCUCUCAUCGUGGAUAUCCUUUUACCAGCACGCAGACGUGAUGCAUUCCGGCAUCGUUCUCGCUGCGUUCUUCAUCGUCUAUGUCUACGUCAUGCAACAGAUUACUGGCAAUGCCAGCCAGGUCGAUGGCCUGUGGACGUUCCUUCCUGUGAUUUUCUGCGGCCACUUCACCCUCCAAAAGUUCAUCGCAAACGGCGGACUAGUUCCCGCCGAGACUGUCAGCUUCUUUGGAAAGCCUCAAAAGACUACGAUAUGGGACAUAAUCGAGCCAAGGUUGGCUCUCAUCUUGGUACUUGAGCUGCUUUGGUGUGUUCGUCUCACCUUCCACGCCAUUCGCCGAGGCAUGUUCAAAAAGGGCGAGGAAGACUACCGCUGGCCUUUGUUGCGCGCAAAGAUGCUGAGGUGGCAGUGGGAGCUGUUCACGCUAUUUUUCAUUGCCAUCACUCAAAUAAUUUUGCUUGCCGUCACGGCUCUUCCGAGCUACAUUCUCCUCACCACCAAGCACCCCAAGCAUGUGGCCGACCAGGUCCCUCGGCCAAUCAACCACCUCACCGUUGCAGACGGCAUCCUUGCUUGCUUGCUUGUUACGAACCUCGUCAUGCAAUUUUUCGCUGAUCAACAACAGUGGACGUACCAAAAUUUCAAGCGUGGCAAGGAUGUUCAUGAGAAACCUCUCACCAAAGACUCGCCAAAGCUAUACACUGAAGCCGAUGUCGCUCGUGGCUUCGUCACGAAGGGCCUUUGGGCGUAUUGUCGUCACCCAAACUUUGCCUGCGAGCAGGCUACGUGGUGGAUUCUCUACAUGUUUGUCCCGCUCACCUUCCUCCCAACCAACCCAAGUGCCCCACUUUGGAGAUAUGCGAUCACUUACGCGAUCGCUUCGCCGCUCAUCAUGAACAUUCUUUUCCUGUCAUCCACGCGGUUCUCGGAGGCGGUUUCUGCUGGUAAAUAUCCCGAAUACAAGGACUAUCAGAAGCGUGUGGGCAUGUUCUUGCCACUGGACACUUUCUUGAGGGCCAUUUACUUCAAGACGCUGGUGCCGACAGAACAGAGGUACCGCGUCGAAGCAAACGUGUGGGGUGCUCCGGCUUCGUUGCAAAAGAAGACAUGACUCGGUCGUUAUCAGCACCACCGCUCAACGCAAGCAUAGGAAACACGGGGGCUCGAAGAUACCACGUAGUAUAAUCGUUUGUCUAGCAUACCCAAACAUUUAGUCAAUUCUAGAGUCCAGGUUGCCCUAUUCUGUACGGCGCAGCACUAAAAAAGAUUAUAUAG